UAGUUCAGAUGAGUCGAGUGCCUAUUAUUGAUCUUAAUCAAUACAAUUUUUUUAUUUAUCUCUAAGAAUUUUAAACAGAUCGACAGUUCUCUGAGCUUUAACGUCUAGUAUUAAAUAAACGAUUUUUAACUAUUAAAAGAUAAAUUCUUAAAAUAUUACAAUGAAAAUUAAUAGGCUGAAGCAGUUAGUGCCCCAAGUGAUUGCCACAUUUUUAGCCACAUUUAUGGCAGCAUCAGAUGGCAUGACCUUCGCCUGGACCUCUCCAAUGAUUCCAUAUUUCAAAAGUAACGAAACCCACAUCGUAAUGACCGAUAACGAUAUAGAAUGGAUGGAAACUAUUGGUCUCCUGGGUGCAGCCUUUGGUCUACCAUUCACGAUCUUAGGAGUAAACCGUUUAGGGAGAAAACCGUCUCUAAUUAUAUCGGCGAUAUUUGGUUGCGUUUGUUGGAUUGGUAUGUUAACAGCUGAGAGUGUGGCUGUUUUACUUGCGGCCAAGUUUAUUUCUGGGAUGGCUGGUGAUAUGUGUUUUGUGGCAGCCCCGAUGUAUGUAGCUGAGAUAGCAAAUCCUGACAUCAGAGGUUUUUUGUCAGCAUUAAUAUUCGUUAUGAUGCUUGUGGGAAUUUUAACGAUGUACACGGUGGGGUCUUUGGCUCCUUAUAGUGCAGCACCUUUGGUGGGAAUCGCAUUAACCACAUGCCAAGCGGUUUUGUUUCUUUUUAUGCCAGAAUCACCAUAUUACUUGGUAUAUGUAAAUAAAAAAGAGGAAGCAAGGAAGUGCUUAGUGCGCCUACGAGGAGCUGAGGCUGAUAUUGACAGUGAAAUUUAUGAAAUCGAAAAAGCUGUAGAAAGACAAAAAACUGAAAAAGGACGACCACAGGACUUAAUACUUAUUGAAAGUAAUAGACGUGCCUUCUUUAUUAUGCUUAUCCUUAAUGGUUUGCAGCAUUUUGUUGGUUUUAGUGCCAUUUUAAUGAACCUUCAUGUAAUCCUGGAUGAGGCAGGGUCGGUGUACAUAAACUCUUCUACAGCGGCAAUUAUAUUUGCUGCCAUUAUGCUUCUAUCUGGAAUAGUGGCUUCAGUGAUAAUUGACAAAUUUGGGAGGAAAAAAUUACUUAUUGCAUCAAGUGUAUCAACUGGAGUCAUAUUAACUGUAGUGGCAGUAUAUUUUAACUUGAAACAUUUACAGCACGACGUGCGUCAUGUCAGUUGGAUUCCUGCGGUUGGUAUCAUGAUUUACGCAGCAACUUUUAAGCUGGGCUUAGGAUUAGUUCCUAUUGUUGUUACUGCCGAAAUAUUUCCCACUACGGUUAAAGGCAUAGGAAUGACUUUAGCUGAUCUUAUUUAUGUUGUAUCAUCGCUACUCUCCAUCGUAUCAUACACCUCAUUAUUUCAGAAUUACGGUAUGCAUGCGCCCUUUUAUUUAUUUACUGUAUGUGCCUUUUUUUCUUCGGCGAUUAUUUAUUAUUAUGUUCCAGAGACUAAGGGCAAGACUCUGGAUGAAAUUCAGUUAAUGCUUAAGGGUUUAAAACCUGGAGAUAUUUAGCAAGAAACCAGCUUUUUUUAAUUACAAGUAUCCCUGUUAUUAAAUACUGCUUAAAAUGUCACUUUUAGUAAAUUUAUAAGAGAUUUACUUGUUCUUGAUCUCAUUUAUAUAGUAUUAAAGAAAUUGAUAAUGUAACGACUAAUAAAAUUUAUUAACAGUUUGA